UGUUUGCUCAUUAGUUGGUGUAGGAACAAUGUCACUCUGCACUGUCAUUGCAUGCGAUUGUUUGAAUACUUAUUUUCAAAAAUAUUGCUUGUUUCAUAUUUCAGCCCAGAAAGGUUACUCUUAUAACCAACACCACACAUAAGAGUUCAGAAGUCUCCAAGAAAACACUAAUGAAGCGAAACCGCGAGGUUGAAGAUCUUGCCCGUCAAGUCAAUAAUGAUGAUGGUAAACAAAAUAUAAUCAAUCAGCUUCGGAAUGCUUCAUCUGAACAUCUGAUUGCAGCUGGUAUAGAGAGUUCUCAAAUGACGGUUGAUAAGGCCCUUGCCUUGAUAACAGACUGUAAUGUCACAUGGGAACAGCUGAGAAAAAUAAAACGCUAUUCAGCUUGUCGUGGUAUCCCAUCAGAAAGAAAGAUUCGGCAGAGACAAAGAGAACUAAUUGAUGGCAAAUUUGUAGCCACGACUAUGCAGUUAAUGCAACGCUCAUCGAGGUAUGACGAAUUCCGUCUUGUACAGUGUGCUGUGGUGUGGAUGACAGACGUUCACAGAACUGUCACCUGUCACUUAGAACAACAUUUAAUGUAA